UAUAUAUAAUUUAUUAUAUGUUUAAUAUGAAUUAAAUAAGCUUGUAAAUAAUUAUAAAUUAAUCCUAGAUUAUUUUACACUGUAAAAUAUGGCAGUAAAUUCCAGUUCUGCUUCCAACGCACUAAUUCAACAGCUUUUAAAGGCGGAAGAGGAAGCAGAGUCCAUUGUUCGAAGGGCUAAAGAAAAUCGGGUAAAACUAUUAAACGAAGCUAUGGCAGCUGCACAAAAAGAUUUAGACGAGUUCAGACAAUCUGAAGAAAAAGAACUCAUGGAACAAUAUAACAACGAAUCUGUUCUAGAAGACCCUCGAUCAGUCAUGUUAGAACUCAAAUCCAAAACCUUCGCCGACGAAUGUAAUAUAAAAUUAAAGGAACUUAAACCAAAACUUGUUGAUAAUCUUGUAAAAGCAACACUAGAUAUCAAAAUAUUAUAAUAUGUUAAUUUUACACGUA